CCCAAAUAGCGAGCCGGUCGUACAACAGCAGACACCGCCCGGUUCGCCUAUCAUGGCUCCCCCAUUGCUUCCAGGUCCCGCCAUUGCAUCAGUCGUGACGAACGCUGCUGCUCUGGGAUUCGUCCCUGUAGCAAUCUAUUUUGAUCUUUUUGCGAUCUUGACCGGCAUCGGCAAACCGGCCAGUGCAAGAGACCUCGUGGAGGCCUGGGACAAGCAGCGGCGUGAUUCCGCUUCAAAUGAGGGACAAUUAUCCGUUCAGCUGGCAGCGGACACGCUUUACGUGAUGGCUGGACUAGGAUUCGUCGACCUCGUGGAAGACAAUGUCUUUGUAGCGAACUGUAUCACAAAACACCUGGUCAACAUGCCGUCUGCCCAACAUGGGGCUCUCCACUUUACCACCGAAGCUCUCCUCGGAGGCGCACUCUUAUUACAGAAGCUCAAGGACACCAACUUUGAAUACCCGUUCAAAGAAGCAGAGACGCCUUUUCAGCACAUUUUUCAACUUACCGGGAACGAGAGGCUUGCUCGGAUGCACACUUACUCGAUCAUGGAGCAUCAAGGCCGCAUGGAUAGCUUCAACCAAUUCAUGGUUGGCAAGUUUCACAAGUUUGGCAAGAUGCCCUGCCGUGUCAAGGGGUAUGGCUACAACCUUGAUGCCGUGAUUAAUCAAGACCAUUCGGUCACGAUAGUUGACAUUGCCGGUGGUCGAGGCGAACUGCUUCUAGAGAUCAAAGAGGAGUAUCCCCAUCUAGGACGGGAAAACCUGAUCCUGGAAGAGUUCAAUGCGGAGGUCAACGGUUCAACUUUGCCCGAUCUGACGGUGGUGGUGUGGAACUUCAAGCAGCCGAACAGUCCUCAGCCCGUAGAAGGAGCAAACAUCUAUCUUCUCCAGCAUAUUCUGCACAAUCUCCCCGACCUGGAAGCAAUUUCCCUGUUGCAGAAGCUGGCAAAGGCCAUGGCUCCGUCAUCACGGUUGUUGAUCCAGGAAUUUCCGAAGAACUUAUCGUACGCCGGGAUGCAUGCGACGAUGAUCUGUCUGUACGGCGGCCGUGAACGCAGCCCUGCUGAGUGGCGCCAGAUGGCUGCCCUGUCAGGAUUGGAGAUUACCUUCGAGGCUUGGGCGGCACAGGGUGAAUCCCUGUUGGAGAUGAGGAAGAUAGCGCCAACGCAAUGAAAUAGCACAGCCACUCAGCUAGCGAGAUAACAGAAUUCACCAAUUGUUUCUUCCUGAUA